CAGGCCUGUCCUCCCCAGCGGCUGCGGCAGCACCAGCGCCGGCCGCCACCACCUCUGGAACGCCGAGGAGGAAGAGGAGGAGCGGCUGGAAGAGUAGGAGGAGGAGGUGGGCCCUGGGGAGCGGGAUGCCCAUUGCUCCGGCUUGGUGGUGAAUGCUGAGGAGAGUCACUGUUGCUGCGGUCUGUGCCACCGGGAGGAAGUUGUGUUUUGAGGCCGGGCGGGAGCUCGUGGUGCUGUGGAGAAUCAAAGCGCGGGGUCGGUGCGAAGAGUCUGCUGCUGCCCAAACCUUUUCUUCUCGAAUCAUGCCUGGAAGGAACAAGGCGAAAUCUACCUGCAGCUGCCCUGACCUGCAGUCUAACGGACAGGAUUUGGACGAGAGCAGCCGGGUUGCCCGUCUAGGAGCCGAUGAAUCUGAGGAGGAGGGACGGAGGGGGCCUAUCAGUAACGCCGGAGACCCUGAGAUCGUCAAGUCUCCCAGCGACCCCAAGCAAUACCGAUACAUCAAAUUACGGAAUGGCUUGCAGGCACUUUUGAUUUCAGACCUAAGUAAUAUGGAAGGAAAGAUGGGAGAUGCAACAGAUGAUGAAGAGGAAGAAGAGGAAGGAGAAGAUGAUGACGAUGAUGACGACGACGAUGAUGACGAUGAUGAAGAUUCUGGAGCAGAAAUAGAAGAUGAUGAAGAAGAAGGGUUUGAAGAAGAAGAUGAGUUUGAUGAUGAAGAAGAACAUGAUGAUGACCUUGAUACUGAAGAUAAUGAAUUGGAAGAAUUAGAAGAGAGGCCAGAAGCUAGAAAGAAGACCACUGAAAAACAGCAAUCGCAGAGCCUGUUUUUGCUGUGGUCAAAGCUGACUGAUAGACUGUGGUUUAAGUCAACUUAUACAAAAAUGUCUUCAGCCCUGCUGGUCGAAACAAGAAAUCUUUAUGGGGUAGUUGGAGCUGAAAGCAGGUCUGCACCUGUUCAGCAUUUGGCAGUAUGGCAAGAGGAGGAGCAGCAAAGUGAAACUGACACAGUUCUGUCUGCAGCUGCUCUUUGUGUUGGAGUUGGGAGUUUUGCUGAUCCAGAUGACCUACCUGGCCUGGCACACUUUUUGGAGCACAUGGUAUUUAUGGGUAGUUUGAAGUAUCCAGAUGAGAAUGGGUUUGAUGCCUUCCUCAAGAAACAUGGAGGUAGUGAUAAUGCUUCAACUGAUUGUGAACGUACAGUGUUUCAAUUUGAUGUCCAGAGAAAAUAUUUCAAGGAAGCCCUGGAUAGAUGGGCUCAGUUCUUCAUCCAUCCACUAAUGAUCAGAGAUGCAAUUGAUCGGGAAGUUGAAGCUGUUGACAGUGAAUAUCAACUUGCAAGACCCUCUGAUGCAAACAGAAAGGAAAUGUUAUUUGGAAGCCUUGCUAGACCUGGACAUCCUAUGGGGAAGUUUUUUUGGGGAAAUGCUGAGACUCUCAAACAUGAGCCAAAAAGAAACAAUAUUGAUACACAUGCUAGACUGAGAGAAUUCUGGAUGCGUUACUACUCUGCUCAUUACAUGACGUUAGUGGUUCAAUCCAAAGAAACACUGGAUACUUUGGAAAAGUGGGUGACUGAAAUCUUCUCUCAGAUACCAAAUAAUGGGUUACCCAAACCAAACUUUGGCCAUUUAACGGAUCCAUUUGACACACCAGCAUUUAACAAACUUUAUAGAGUUGUUCCAAUCAGAAAAAUUCAUGCACUGACCAUCACCUGGGCACUUCCCCCUCAACAGCAACAUUACAGGGUGAAGCCACUUCACUAUAUCUCUUGGCUGGUUGGACAUGAAGGCAAAGGCAGCAUUCUUUCUUACCUUAGAAAAAAGUGCUGGGCUCUUGCCCUAUUUGGAGGAAAUGGUGAGACUGGAUUUGAGCAAAAUUCUACUUACUCAGUGUUCAGCAUUUCUAUUACAUUGACUGAUGAAGGUUAUGAGCAUUUCUAUGAGGUUGCUCAUACUGUCUUCCAGUAUUUAAAAAUGCUGCAGAAGCUAGGCCCAGAAAAAAGAAUUUUUGAAGAGAUUCAGAAAAUUGAGGAUAAUGAAUUUCAUUACCAAGAACAGACAGAUCCAGUUGAGUAUGUGGAAAACAUGUGUGAAAACAUGCAGCUCUACCCUCUGCAGGACUUCCUCACUGGAGAUCAGCUCCUUUUUGAGUACAAACCAGAAGUCAUUGCUGAAGCUCUUAAUCAACUAGUUCCUCAAAAAGCAAAUCUUGUUCUGCUGUCUGGUGCUAAUGAGGGAAAAUGUGACCUCAAGGAGAAGUGGUUUGGGACUCACUAUAGUAUGGAAGAUGUUGAAAAUUCUUGGGCUGAAUUGUGGAAGAAUAAUUUUGAAUUAAAUCCAGAUCUUCAUCUUCCCGCUGAAAACAAGUACAUAGCCACGGACUUCAUGUUGAAAGCUUUUGAUUGCCCGGAGACAGAAUACCCUGUUAAAACUGUGAACACUCCACAAGGUUGCCUGUGGUAUAAGAAAGACAACAAAUUCAAAAUCCCCAAAGCAUAUAUACGUUUCCAUCUGAUAUCACCUUUGAUACAGAAGUCUGCAGCAAAUGUUGUCCUCUUUGAUAUCUUUGUUAAUAUCCUUACCCACAAUCUUGCCGAACCAGCUUAUGAAGCAGAUGUGGCACAGCUAGAGUAUAAAUUGGUAGCUGGUGAACAUGGUUUAAUUAUUCGAGUGAAAGGAUUCAACCAUAAACUACCUCUACUUUUUCAGCUCAUUAUUGACUACUUAGCGGAGUUCAGUUCCACACCAGCUGUUUUCACAAUGAUAACUGAGCAGUUGAAGAAGACCUACUUUAACAUUCUCAUUAAACCUGAGACUCUGGCCAAAGACGUGAGACUUUUAAUCCUGGAAUAUGCCCGUUGGUCUAUGAUUGAUAAGUACCGAGCUUUGAUGGAUGGCCUUUCCCUUGAGACUCUGCUGAGCUUCGUCAAAGAGUUCAAAUCCCAGCUCUUUGUUGAGGGUCUUGUACAAGGAAAUGUCACAAGCACAGAAUCUAUGGAUUUCCUGAAAUAUGUUGUUGACAAGCUGGACUUUAUGCCUCUGGAGCAAGAGAUGCCUGUGCAGUUCCAGGUGGUAGAGCUGCCAGCUGGCCACCAUCUAUGCAAAGUGAGAGCUCUGAACAAGGGUGAUGCCAACUCUGAAGUCACUGUGUACUACCAGUCAGGUACCAGGAGUCUGAAAGAAUACACCCUUAUGGAGCUGCUUGUGAUGCACAUGGAAGAACCUUGUUUUGACUUCCUUCGAACCAAGCAGACCCUUGGGUACCAUGUCUACCCCACCUGUAGGAACACGUCUGGGAUUCUAGGAUUCUCUGUCACCGUGGGGACUCAGGCAACCAAAUACAACUCCGAGGUUGUUGAUAAGAAGAUAGAAGAAUUCCUUUCUAGCUUUGAGGAGAAGAUCGAGAACCUCACUGAGGAUGCAUUUAAUACCCAGGUCACAGCUCUGAUUAAACUAAAGGAGUGUGAAGAUACCCACCUUGGAGAGGAGGUGGAUAGGAACUGGAACGAAGUGGUGACACAGCAGUACCUCUUUGACCGCCUUGCCCACGAGAUUGAAGCCCUGAAGUCAUUCUCAAAAACAGACCUGGUUGAUUGGUUCAAGGCGCAUAGAGGACCAGGAAGUAAAAUGCUCAGCGUUCAUGUUGUUGGAUUUGGGAAGUAUGAGUUGGAAGAGGAUGGCAGCCCUUCUGGUGAAGAUUCAAACUCUUCUUGUGAAGUGAUGCAGCUAACCUACCUGCCAACCUCUCAUCUGCUGGCAGAGUCUACCAUCCCCAUUACUGACAUCAGGGCUUUCACAUCAACACUUAAGCUUCUCCCCUACCAUAAAAUAGUCAAAUAAACUGCAGUCUUUGUUGGCCUGAAGUAUUGUGUAUUUAAAAAUGUGUAUUUUAUGAUGUUACACUACUACUGCCUUAGGGCUUCCAUUGACUUUUUUGCACUGUUACAGAAUUUUAUUUACCUUCCAACCCUACCCCCACCCCCCUUUCUGUUGUGACUAACAAAACAAGGGUUACUGUAACAGCUGGCAGAGAGACAUUAAUUAAUUACCAGGGUAGAUUAACAAACUUGCAGAACGAAAAGCCUUGGCCUAUCCUGUUGGUCCUCUCAGAUGGAGUUCUACUACAGCCUUGAGAAGCCCUAUGUAACAGAUGUCUUUAGUACCUAAAUGCUAGGUGCUAGUAACUAAUACAAUUUUUUUCAAUGUAUUUUUAAAUAAAGAUAGUUCUGUAUUGGCCUUCAGAAUGGCCCAUUUUCUGCUGUGGCAUUAUUUUAUUUCAAUAUGGGGUGGGGAUCUAGUACAAUCUUCCUAAAUUCUCUAAGGCAAUAAAAUAUUUUUGGAUAAAAUCUUGGUAGACUUACGUGUGCUAAAUUCAACUGAAGAUUUUAGACAACAGUAUAAGGGACGGAUGAGGAGAGAGAUCCGCUACUAUAUAAUAAGUCCUUAUAAAAAGCUAGCUCCCAUUUCAAGGUUAGACACAAUUGGUACCAAUUUUAACCAUAAAGAUAAUAAAAGAA